AUGGUUCCUAGCAGAAAUUUCGUGGCCAUGAUCUCAGAGGAUGACUUUCACCACAGUGCAAACGCCACCUACAGACCUGCAGGCAGCAAUCUCCGAGCUGACCAGGAAGCGCUCCUUGAGAAGCUGCUAGACCGCCCGCCGCCCGGCCUGCAGAGGCCCAAGGACCGCUUCAACGGUACCUACAUCAUCUUCUUCAGCUUGGGCAUCGGUGGCCUACUGCCAUGGAACUUCUUUGUCGCUGCCAAGGAGUACUGGCUAUUCAAACUCCGCAACUGCUCCAGCCCAACCGCAGGGGAGGAAGCCACGGGUUCGGACAUCUUGAACUACUUUGAGAGCUACCUGACCGUUGCCUCCACCGUUUCCUCCGUGCUGUGCCUCAUGGCGAACUUCCUGCUCGUCAACAGGGUUCCGAUUCGUGUCCGUGUGCUGGCCUCAUUGACCGUCAUGCUGGCCGUCUUCUUGCUGAUGACCGUGCUAGUGAAGGUGGACACCUCGUCCUGGACCAGUGGCUUCUUUGCUGUCACCAUUGUCUGCAUGGCAAUCCUCAGCGGCACGUCCACUGUCUUCAGUAGCACUGUCUUCGGCAUGACUGGCUCCUUCCCCAUGAGGAAUUCUCAGGCACUGAUAUCAGGAGGAGCCAUGGGGGGCACCAUCAGUGCCGUGGCCCUGCUGGUGGACCUGGCCGCGUCCAGCGAGGUGACGGACAGCACUCUGGCCUUCUUCCUGACCGCGGACGUGUUCCUGGGGCUGUGCGUGGGGCUCUGCCUGCUGCUGCCGCGGCUGGACUACGCCAGGUUCUACCUGAGGCCUGUCUGGCCGGCCUGUGUGUUUCCCAGUGAAGAGCAGCCACCCCAGGACUACCCCAGCGCCCCUUCGGCAGCCCCUGGAUCCGGCGCGUCCUCGAUCCCGCCCCUCCGCCCCAUCCUGAAGAAGACAGCCGGCCUGGGCUUCUGUAUCAUCUACCUCUUCUUCAUCACCGGCCUCGUCUUCCCCGCCAUCUCCACCAACAUCGAGUCCCUGGACAAGGACUCGGGCUCACCGUGGACUACCACGUUCUUCGUCCCCCUCACCACCUUCCUCCUGUUUAACUUCGCGGACUUGUGUGGCCGGCAGGUCACGGCCUGGAUUCAGGCGCCAGGGCCCAGAAGUAAGGUGCUGCCCGGGCUGGUGCUCCUCCGGACCUGCUUCAUCCCCCUGUUCGUGUUCUGCAACUACCAGCCCCGCGUCCACCUGCACACGGUGGUCUUCCGGUCCGACCUCUACCCGGUGUUCUUCACCUCCCUGCUGGGGCUCAGCAAUGGCUACCUCAGCGCCCUGGCCCUCAUGUACGGGCCCAAGAUCGUGCCCAGGGAGCUGGCCGAGGCCACGGGGGUGGUGAUGUCCUUUUACGUGUGCGUGGGCUUGGUACUCGGCUCGGCCUGCUCUGCCCUGCUCGUGCACCUCAUCUAA